AUGUGGGAGUGCCACCGAGAGACGAUUACCCGCUUGUACCUGGUCGAGGACCGACCGCUCGAUGAGGUGCGGAGGAUUAUGGCCGCCCAAUUCGGCUUCAAGGCCACUAAGCGAAUGUACACGUUCCGCGUCAAGAAAUGGGGCAUCAAAAAGAACUACACGGCCGACGAGAAGGAUGAGAUCGCCCUGCAGAUAGCCGACGCCCUGGCCAAGAACCAGGAGCUGUCCGGCCUGGUCUUCAACAACCGACCCAUUAAGCAUCACCGAAUCGUAAGACAUGUGAGGUCCAAGGAGCCAGGGGCCACUCCUUGCACCCCCCAGCUGUGGGCCCAGUACCGGGGGCGUAAGGACGCCGCACAUCAAGUCCCGGGUCAGCCAACCGAUCACAUUGGUGCGACGCUGCCUUUCUCCCAGACCAGAUCUGCCGAGAUCAUUCUUCAAGCCACCCACAGUUUCGUCAGCUCGAUUGCAGACAUCACGUCCUGCAGGCCCAGCUGCAAUGCAGCAGCGGGUGAUCAGUCCGGCUCAGUCAAAUCCGGGCCGUCCAAUCCCGCACUGGGCUGGGAGAACUUCCACGUGGCGUGGCAAAAGGCGCCUGAGGCCGCCGUCUCCGACCCUGCAACUCUGCUGAGGAGGAUCUUGACCAUCGCCGUGCCCGCUUACCUGGGCCACCUCCCCGGUUUGUGCGGGCUCAUCUUGAAGUUCAUGGCCGAGCUGCUCCAGAUCAGACUCGGUGCAGCCCACCCGCUCGUUCGAGUCUGCGCCCAGAUCCAGCGCGACGGCGAGACCCGCAAGACCCUAGACGCCGCCCUCGGUCUCGUGAGAGACUUGUUUGAAGAACGGCUGGGCCCAGAGCAUUCCGAGACGUUCAAGAGCCACCUCGCGCUGGUCGUGUGCCAGCGACGGAACUUGGACCUGGCAGCCGCGGAGAAAUCCGCCGUGGGGCUGAUCCAGCGGUGUCGAACGUGCCCCGGCCUCCACUCCCAGCUCACAGACGCAGUGCUGAUGCACGCCUACAUACUCAAGGACCAGCGCCGCUUCGGCGAGGCCAUCGCGCUGCACCAUCAGAUCCUCAGCGAGUUCCACGGUAUGGGUCUGGUGCGCGACGGGCAGCGCAUCGGCUCCAGGGAGUGCCUCGCCGAGCUGUACCGUUUCCAGGGCCACCUCGCGGUGGAAAGCUGGCACCUUGCCGAGGCGCUGAAGGACGCAGAGAGGGUGUAUGGGCAACGCGCCGCAGAGACGCAGCAUGUCCGGGACAAGUUGAGACGGUCGCUGAAGGAGCGGGGCCGUCUUGAUGAAGAGGCGUGA